CCAAAUCCCAUUCAUGCCAUGACUCUACAAACGCUGUCCUUGUCCUCCAUCGAACCGGUCACUAUUGCCGAUAACAGGGAGGAAAUUACGUUCCGCCUGGAAGAUGGACGCUCUCUCACGCAGAAAAUCGCCCCGACGCCCAAGGCCAAGCUGGACAAGCUCGCGGAAGCCCUUGCCUCGUUGCUCUCCCCUCCGGCUUCGACUUCGGCCUGGUCCUCGACUCUUUUGGUGCGGAGCGAUAGCCCGUCGUUCGGCACUCUCCAAUGGGAUCUUGACCCACAGGGAGAUGCUAUUCACCGACAUGUAGCUCUGUCUUCGCCGGGCGAAUGUGACAAGCUGGUGCAACGGAUCAUAGCCGUAGCGGACGAGAUGAACCACCACCCACAUAUCGCUCGAGAAGAGGGAGGGAGUUGCUUGACAAUCACAUGCACCACUCAUCGUCCGCGAGGGCUUAGUGUUAGGGACACUAGACUCGCGACGAGAGUGAACGAGUUAUUGGCCGGUAUUCGAGUCACACAACCAGCCCAACUCACGGCUCCCAGCCGAGAUCUGGAACAGUUGCAGAAACAAAUCUUCGGACAACAUGCCCGAAUGAUCGCGAUCAAUCGACAGCAGAUAACAGAAGCUCUGGAAAGCUGCAAUUGUGGUCCCGCAAGGGCCUAA